AUGGAAGUCAUACCUUCGAAAUAUGGUGUGUUAAAGAAGUUGAAAAAGAUGGCUCAUAAACCUCGACGUUCUCCUGAUAGAUUAGAAAGUUUUUCACCAACUUUUAAAGUCAAGCCUCAAAAGAAGCUAAGGAAGCUAGUGAUUCAUGAUGAUUCAACGGAUGACAAAGUUGUUCCUGAGUCUCCAAUUCAAGAUGAUCAAAUGGUCCAUUCUUCAUUUGUGAGGGAGUCUCCACUCAAUUUGAAUCUCGAGGUGACUGGAAAUCAUGAUGGCUCUGUGGAAACUUCUAAAGUAGGCACACCAAUCAUUCAAGGGGAACAAACAAAGAAGUCUACUCCUGAGAAGACUAAAGUCAUACCACCCGGGGUGUCGAAUUCCGAAUCAUUUCAUGUGAAGGUUCACACUUUAGGCAUCACUUUUAAUAUAUGUAAUAUGGAAGCAAAUGUCACCAUGGGUGACAGGGUAUCGAAUACAACUACCCAGGGUAAUGCUUCUCUUGUUGUAUCAUCUACCUUUGAAACACCACUUGUUGAUACUACAAUUUCUUUACCAUCAUUUAUUAUUCCUACUUCAACCAAAUCACCUCCAUCAACUCAUUCACCUACAUUUGAUAAUAUCAUGCAACAACCCAUUACUUCCUUAUUCCCAUCACAAUCCACAGAAGUUCCCAAAACAGUAAAUGAUGAUGAAUUUGAUGAUGGUAGGUUCGUGGGUUCGUUUGUUGAUAUAGAGUCUGAUCCCGAUGAGGAGGACAUUCCCGAUCACAUUUUGAUGUCUGGGAAGCAAUUCAAGAUUCCUAAUUGGAAGUAUAAUUCGUUGCUACAAUUACAAGAAGAUGGUGGUGGUAAACAUUCAGUUUCAGGUAACAAGGUAGAUGUUAUGUUGAAAGCUCAAGAGCAUCAAAUUCAGGACAAUAUUGAUCAAAUUGACAAGAAUAUUGAGUUAAGGAUCAAAGAUCAAUCUAAGACUUUUAAUGGAGCCCUUAGAGCUUUGAAGGACGAUAUGAAGGAAACACAUCUUUUGUAUGUUCAAGAUGUCAAGACUAUUCAUGAGAAUGUCGAUCUAAAAAUUCAAGAGUUAAGGGAUGACAUGAAGAAGGAAAUCAUUGUUCUAACUCACAAUUAUUCUAACCUUCAUACGAAGGUUGAUAUAAUUUUUGAUGCUAUCACGAAAGCUAUUGCAUGGUAUAAUUCUUUGAUUCCCAAGUUUGAAAAGAAGGUUGAAGUUGAUGUUGCCAGUUUUUGUGAUAUUGCGAAGUUGCUAGAUUUUGUCCCUAGAAUACCCUCCAGUAACUAG